AUGGGGAAACUUAUCUUAUUAGAUUUAUCACACAACUACUUCAGUGCCUCAGUUCCACAUUGCUUGGGAAGCAUGGCUAAUCUAAUGGUGUUGGACUUAAGAAAGAACAAUUUCACAGGGAGUCUUCCCCCAUUAUGUGCACACAACACUUCAUUGAGUACCAUUGUCCUUGGCUCGGAAGUUGAUUUAUGUGGUCCUCCUUUAUCAAAACAAUGUGGAACGAGUGAUUCAUCACAUGUUCCUCAACCAUUGGAGUCUGAAGAAGAUGAAAGCGAGUCAUAUUUUUUUAGUGGAUUUACGUGGGAAUCAGUAGUCAUAGGCUACAGCUGUGGACUAGUUGUUGGAACUGUCAUGUGGAGCCUCAUGUUCAAAUAUCGUAAGCCAAAAUGGUUUGUGGAAUUUUUUGAUGGACUCAUGCCUCACGAAAGAAGAAGGCCGAAGAAGAGAGCUCAGAGACGACAGACUUAA